GUUUGUGCAAGGGAGUAUAGGCUGUGUUGUCAGCCUAGUGUCAGUCUGAUGAAGAUUGGCAUUCAGACUUUGUGUGGAGGACUGGACACUAAGGCGUGGAAGAGCAGACGACAACAACAUUGACUGCUGCUGUGUUGCCGAGGGCAAACUAACUGUCUCCAUGUGAAUCUGUCCCAUGAUGCAACAUGUGUCCCCAGCACUAACAAUGAUGGCCACUCAGAGCGUUCCUCCACCAUCGUACCAGGAGAGCCAACAGAUGACGGGCACCACCCAACAGAACUCCAAGGCCCAACAGGUCCACAUCUCAGCAUCCUCAGAAACUGGGAAUACCCCCAUCAAUGUGACCCUUGACCCCCAGGCCCAGCUGGAGUCAGAUAAGCGGGCCGUUUACAGACAUCCCCUAUUCCCACUGCUGGCCCUGCUGUUUGAGAAGUGUGAGCAGGCCACCCAGGGCUCUGAAUGCAUCACCUCUGCCAGCUUCGAUGUGGACAUCGAGAACUUUGUGCAUCAGCAGGAGCAGGACCACAAGCCAUUCUUCAGCGAGGACCCCGACCUGGACAACCUGAUGGUGAAGGCCAUCCAGGUGCUGAGGAUCCACCUUCUGGAGCUGGAGAAGGUCAACGAGCUCUGCAAGGACUUCUGCAACCGCUACAUCACCUGCCUCAAGACCAAGAUGCACAGCGACAACCUGCUUCGCAAUGACCUGGGCGGGCCCUACUCGCCCUCGCACACCUCGCUCAGCCUGCAGCAGGACCUCCUCCAGACAUCCUCUCCAUCCAUGACAUCAGUCUCCAGCUCCGUCAACUCCUCGGGCAUCAUGAUGCCCACCGGGACCCUGCAACAGGGUAACAUUGCCAUGACUACCAUCAACUCCCAGGUGGUGUCAGGUGGCACCUUGUAUCAGCCGGUUGCCAUGGUGACGUCGCAAGGGCAGGUGUUAACCCAGGGACUCUCCCAGGGGACCAUCCAGAUCCAGAAUUCACAGGUAAACCUGGACUUGGCUUCACUCUUGGACAGUGAUGACAAGAAGCACAAGAACAAGAGAGGGGUCCUGCCCAAGCACGCCACCAACAUCAUGCGCUCCUGGCUCUUCCAGCAUCUCAUGCAUCCCUACCCAACAGAAGACGAGAAAAGACAGAUUGCAGGACAAACAAAUCUGACCUUAUUACAGGUCAACAACUGGUUUAUCAACGCUCGCAGGCGCAUCCUCCAGCCCAUGCUGGAUGCCAGUAACCCAGACCCAGCUCCCAAGGCUAAGAAGAUGAAGUCCCAACACCGUCCAACCCAGCGCUUCUGGCCAGACUCCAUUGUUGCUGGCGUCUUGCAGACACAUGGACCUCACUCUAACAACGCUGACAACCCCUUAGGCUUGGACAGCCUCCAGCCCCUGUCCUCUGACUCAGCCACCCUGGCCAUGCAGCAAGCAAUGCUGGGUGGAACCGACGACUCCAUGGAUGGCACAGAGGAAGAAGAGGAGGAGGAGGAGGAGGAGGAGGAGGAAGAGGAAGUUAUGGAGGAGGAAGAGGAAGAUGAGGAGGAGGAAGAGAGCGAGGGAGGGAGACGUAUAUCUGGCGGCGGAGGAAGGAGAGAUCUGGGCAUGGAGCAUAGAGAGGGGCUAGAAGGGCCUCGCCAACACAGCUCUGGUCUUCAGAGAGGCGUUUGGUUCAGUUGUCUCACUGCAUUUCCUUACUGGAUUUCCAUCCUGCAGUCACUGGUCACUGGAAAGAGCAAACGGAUUGAAGGCGUCAAGAUGUCCAUCGCUAAUGCAGCCGCGCAGGCCAUGCUGACGGAUGCCUUGCUCCGGGACGGCGCCGGGGGCAGCCAUAUCGGUCACCUGGAGCUGGAGCUGCCGCUCGACAGAGUCAUCAAGUUUGUGUCCGUGGGGCUGCCCUUGCUGCUGGUGUCCAUGGCCUUCGCUCGCGAAAUCUCCAUCGGCCCACAGAUCAGCUGUUUCCCACCUAACAACUUCACAGCCAGGCAGGCAGCCUAUGUGGACACGUACUGCUGGGACUCCCUGAUGCACCAUGAGUUUGACACAGAUGGAAAGUUCGAGGAGCGAUCCCUCUGGGUGCACAAGAUUUUCCCUUACUCUCUGUUGGCUAUGACCAUGAUGAUGUACCUGCCUGCCCUCAUCUGGCGUUUCCUCGUGAUGCCAUCGCUGGGCUCUGACCUGCUCUUCAUCAUUGAUGAGCUGGACAAGUCCUACAACCGCUCCAUACGAUUGGCUCAGAGCAUCCUGGAGAUGCGACAGAACACCCAGAACCCCCUCACAUUCCAAGCCGAGCUUGAGAGGGCCAAGAGGAAGCGCUACUUCGAGUACCCCCUGUUGGAGAGGUACAUGCAGAGCAAGCAGAGCUCCUACUUCCUGGUCAGCAUGCUCUUUCUCCGCGGCUUCCUGUUGCUCACCUUCAUGUCGGCCGCCUGCCUCUACCUCGUCUAUUUCCACCUGUCCGCCUUCCUCCGGGACGAGUUCAGCUGCUUCGUCCGCACGGGCUUGCUGCGUGACCAAAACUGGGUUCCCGAGCUGGUCCAGUGCAAGAUGACCGGCCAACUGGUCUUCCAGGUGAUUAGCGUGGCUAACGGUGCUAUCUAUGUCCUGCUGGUGCCUAUCGUGCUGUUCAGCUUGGUCCGCCUCUUCUGCUGGGAUACGGCUCUAUUGUCGGUGUAUGAGGUUCUCCCCGCAUUGGGCCUCAAAAGCGGUCACAAACUGGGCUGCCCGCUCAACGACCUCAAUGUUCUUUUACUGUUUCUGCGCGCUAACGUGGUGCACCUGCAAUCUUAUGGCAGACUGAGGGCUAUAUGCUCGCUGGCACCCCCACAGAUCGGGAAGGGGAAUGGCAUGAAGGGUGUGAGGAUGCUGACGGAGGAGGAGAUUGAGGAGAGGGCCGAGAUGGCGCAGGAGUUGGAGGAGGACGUGGAGGAGCUGCAGGAGGAAGGGAAGCUCAACCUGGUGGACAUCAUGACCAUCUUAGGAGCGGCCCGGGGAAACGCUGUCAACUGCACAGAGCCCAGGCCACUGGUGGAGGAGAAUAUGAGUCUGGAGCCAAACCACCAGGGGUACCAUGAGUUGAAGGAGACUGCACCAUGUAAAAAUGACUAAAUCACCAAUGGACAUCAAUGUGACAUCAAUCAAUGUGGAUGAAGGAAAAAUAUACUGAACAAAAAUAUUAACGCAACAUGCAACAAUUUCAAAGAUUUUACUGAGUUACAGUUCAUAUAAGGAAAUCAAUCAAUUUAAAUAUGUUUUUAGGCCCUAAUCUAUGGAUUUCAAAUGACUGGGCAGGUGUGCAGCCAUGGCUUAGGCAGGCCCAGCUAAUCCGGAUUAGUUUUCCCCCCAAAAAAGGGCUUUAUUACUGACAUAAAACCCCUCAGUUUCAUCAGCUGUCUGAGUGGCUGGUGUCAGACAAUUCCGCAGGUGAAGAAGCCGGAUGUGGUGGUCCUGGGCUGGAGUGGUUACAUGUGAUCUGCAGUUGUAAGGCCGGUUGGAAUUACUGCCAAAUUCUCUAAAACAAUGUUGGAGGCGGCUUAUGGUAGAGAAAAUAGCAUUUAAUUCUCUGGCAACAGCUCUGGUGGACAUUCCUGCAGUCAGCAUGUCAAUUACAUGCUCCUUCAAAACUUGAGACAUCUGUGACGUGUUGUGUGAUGAAAUUGCAUUUUAGAGUGGCUUUUUUUGUGUAAUAAUCAUGGUGUUUAAUCAGCUUCAUGAUAUGCCACACCUGUCAGGUGAAUGGAUUAUCUAGGCAAAGUAGAAAUGCUCACUAACAGGGAUGUGCACAUCAUUUGAUUUGGUUGUCAUUUAAGCUUGGUUGUGACUCAAACAUUUCUGGGAUAUUUCAUUUUAGCUCAUAAAACAUAAAACUACACUAUAUAUGUUGCAUUUAUAUUUUUGUUCAGUAUAGCUAGGUUUAGAAGAUUAGUUAAAAAAGACUUAACCCUGGAGAGAAGUGAGGGACGGUGUUCUGUACUCAGAGAAAUUGUUCCAAAAAGCCUCCAUUAGAAUGAAAAGCUUGGUGGUUGAGUUGAGCGAUGUAAGUUUUUGAUGUAUGACUGAGCUUUUGGGUCGUUGGGACUCAACUUAAUUUCAACCACAGAUUUCCUAUUUGUCCUUUAUGGAUAUGCUAUGUACUGUACUUGUAAGAUUUUGUGAUUUUUCAAAAGGUAAAGUUCUAUCUGUGAAACGUCUACAGGUAACAUUUGAUAUGCUCUAUGUCAGAUACAAAUAAUGUAAUGAAUAAAGUUAU